AUGCCACCUAAGAAGGCUAAAGCUACAGAGGCAACAAAGCAGCAUGUUGUAGUCAAUGAAGAUGUCAACGCUACGGAAGUAUUGGAAUCUAAAGUGGAAACACCAAAGGCCUGUAUUGAUAAGGGUAGUGGUGAAAAGGUUAAAGGACCAUUAUUAAAUACAGAGACGGUGAUCGUAGGUACCAAUGAAGCCGAAGUAGUAGAAAUUAGAGAAGAAUCAGAUAGCAACGAGCCAAAACAAAGGAACUAUGAUGAUGAAUUAACACAUGAUAAAGAACUAAGGUUUGAAAUGGCGGUUAAUGCAAAACAUGAAAGAUCUAUAUGUAUGGAAGAAUUUCGAAGGGAACUUAGCAUGUUACAGCAUCUAACAAAGGAUUUCGAAACAAAACCAGAAGAGGUAAAUGCAAGAAGGGACAGGUAUGAACAAACAUUUCAUAAAUUUGUUAUUAGUCACGAGAAUUAUAUGCAGCAUGAAGAUGACUUAGAGAAGAAAGACUUAAUGACUGACAAUUAUAAUGAUCAACGCGAUGUCAAACUACAACUAGAUUACAUGGUAGAUCUGUGGCAAACCAAUCGAGAAAGAUAUCUAAAGCCCCCAUCAGAAUCUGGAUAUAGUUUGGCAUCUCGUAAAAGCAGAAGUAGUCGAACAUCUAGUAGAAGCAGUGUGAAAGAAAGAAGGAAGGUUAUGGAAGAGGCAAAGUUGAAAAUGCAGACCUAAAGGAGAAACAGGAGCUAGAGCGCCAACUUGAAGUAGCUGAGCAAAGUAAGACGGAGCUUUCCAGGAAGAUUAAAUUACUGAAUGCUGAAGCAGAGCUAAAGCAGGCAAAGAUUGAUUUUGUUAUUGAUCAGAUUCCAGAUGACGAAGGUGUCGAUGGUAUGAAUGAAUACCUACGAGACUUUCAAGGUCCAACUUGCCCUGAAAAAUCCGAAAUUCCCUACCCCAGUCAACCUAAAUUUGUCCCUGAGUACCCACCAACCCCUCAUUCUCCAGCAGCACAGGUACAACCACCUGCACCAUUGCUCCAUAACCAUCCUAGCCCUGAACCCAGACCGUAUGUACCCAACCUAGCGACAACUGAGUCGGACAGAUUCGAUAUUCCCAAAGUAGGACUAGAUGUCACGAGGAAUGAAUUUUAUCCAAAUGCUAAUCACGAAGCCACAAAUACCUUGCAAGAAGAACCAGCACCGCCACCCCAACCGCAGCUAGAUGUAUGGAACUCCAUAGCACAGGCCAUAAAGGAAGGCCCUUCUUUACCCAAAAUAGAGCUUGUGAGAUUCGGUGGUGACCCCUUGGAAUAUGUCGAGUUUGUGACAAGCUUUAAAGAUAACAUAGAAUCCCAAGUUUCUGAUGACUCCCAGCGGUUCACUCGCCUGUUAGCGCAGUGUGUCGGCAAAGCGAAGUAUGCAAUCCGAAGUUGCGUCAACCUUGAUGUCGGCCAGAGAUAUAAGGAAGCAAAGAGUUGUCUUCUUGAGAACUUUGGCCAGCCUCACAUUAUAGUAGAAGCUCAUAUGAAAAAGCUCAGAGAACUUCAAAUUAGAAAAACUGAUGCGAAUGCCUUGAUGGAGUUUGUGCGUCACCUAGAAGAUUCUGAGAGAGCAUUAAAGAGCAUGGGAUCCAGCUACUCCAAUCGGUUAGACAAUGAAGAUGUAAUAGUUAUGUUGAUGAGGAAACUCCCCGAAGAUGGCUUAAAGAGGAAGUGGGUGGACAGAGCUGGAGACCUUAUCAAGAGCAAAGACUAUGUACAAUUCGAUGACUUUGUAAAUUUCUUGAAGAAAGUGGCAGGGCGUAUAAACAACAGGUAUGGGAGAGAGCUUAAGCAAGCCAAUGAAGACAAGAAAUUUCAGAACAGGUCAAGAUUCGAGCAGCAAAGGAGAGUUAACGCAAACGCAAUUCAGGGUGGUUUGAAUAAGGAAGAUACACCUGUAAGAACUGGUCGUAAGUGCCCCCAGUGCUCUGGACCACACGGUGUCUGGAGGUGCCAAGUAUUCAAGUCAUGCAUCUUAAAGGAUCGUCUGAGAACUGUGAAACAACACAAACUUUGCAGAAUAUGUCUCGGCGAAGGCCAUUUUGCGAGGUCAUGCAAAAGUGGAUUCACCUGCCGUGUAGCCGGAUGCGGAAAACAUCACCAUUAUCUAAUCCAUGAUGAUCAAGACGCUAAAGGGGAACACUCCACCAAUCAAGAUAACGAGAUGCAAAGUCACGACGGUUUAAAGAAGGAUGCUGGGACCCAAAGUAUUACAGCCGAUGAUAGACAGAAUCAGGUAAAUCUACAUAUGUCUACAACAACGACAGCCGGAACGUCAAAAGAGCGAGUCAACAUUAGCGCAGUCAAAGCAAGUCGACCACGGGUUUGUUUUAAGGUAGUACCGGUCAAGGUGAGCAACCCUACCAGUGACAAGGAACUUGUUACGUACGCAUUUUUAGACAGUGGAUCCGAUACGACUCUUUGUCUGGAAAGUUUAGUUGAAGAGCUAUCAGUGAUUGAUGCGAAACCGGCUAAAUACACUAUGACGACAGUGAACUUGCAACAACAGAAGGCAGGCUAUGAGGUACGGUUGGACAUCGAAUCGGUAUCGAGCAGUGAAAAGUUCCAGCUUGAAGGUGUACUAACCACAGACAGCUUACCAGUGACUCCGAGACACGUAGCGACCAACAAAGAAGUUCAAGAGUGGCCUCAUCUGCAGGACAUUGUCUUACCCGAAACUGGAGAUGAACAGGUUACCAUUUUGAUAGGAAGUGAUCGACCUGAUAUAAUUGAUAAUUUUCUCGACCGAAGAGAUGGAACAAAAGGGCAACCAUGUGCAGUUAAGACACCUCUAGGAUGGACAGUGUAUGGUCCAAUGGGAGAACCUCGAUGCGAGCAAGUGUCCAUUAAUUCCGUUAGGUCAGAAUUCGACAUUCUCGACCAUAAAUUAGAGCGUAUGUACAACGCAGAGUUUGAUGACAUCAAUGACGAUAUUGAUGAGAACAUGUCCGUUGAAGAUCGCUACGCAGAAGAAAUCAUGAACAAAACCACCGUAUUGAAAAAUGAGCAUUACGAGAUCGGACUUCCCUUUAAACACAACCCACCACAACUCCCAGAUAGUCUUUACACAGCUGAGAAGCGAUUAGAAUCCUUAAAAUCGAAGAUGGAGAGAAACGAAAACUUCCGUAAGAAAUACAGCAGCGUUAUGGCGAAAUACCAAGAAGAAGGAGCGGCGAGAGAAGUCCCCGAGGAGGAAUUAACAAUGCUCAAACCAUUAUGGUACCUCCCUCAUCACGCAGUCUGGCACCCAAGGAAGCCUGAGGAACCUAGAGUAGUUUUCGAUUGUGCUAGCAAGAGCAACGGAACUUCGUUGAACGAUGAACUGUUGCGUGGGCCAGAAAACACUAGUUCCCUCAUUGGCGUGAUACUGAGAUUCAGAGUUGAUAAUAUAGCCGUAACCGCUGACGUGAAGAGAAUGUUUCAUCAGGUCUAUGUUAAACCUGAGCAUCGCGGAGCACUGUGUUAUCUUUGGUGGCCCGAUGGUGACAUCUCGAAGGCGGCUAAGACGCAUCAGAUGCUCGUCCAUAUAUUUGGAGCGAAGUCCUCACCAAGUGUUGCAGGGUAUGCUCUCAGAAGAACCGCGAAGGAUAACCUCUACGAGUAUUCGUCAACUGCUGUGGACGCAGUUCUGCGUGAUUUCUACGUCGAUGACCUUUUAAAGUCGUUUUCCGAAAUGGACGAAGCAAAACUCGUAAGUAAAGAGCUACAGAGCUUACUAGCGAAGGGAGGAUUUCAGCUCACCAAGUGGAAUUCGAACUCGCGAGAAGUGCUGGAAGAAUUCUCAACCGAAGAAAGAGCACCGGUGGUUAAAGAUUUGAAUCUUGAAUCCGAAGCAUUGCCCAUGGACCGUGCGCUUGGCGUUAAUUGGGAUGUAGAAAGAGACACGAUAAGCCUGGUCGUCAAUAACAAGACGGAACCGAACAAUCGCAAGGGUGUGUUAUCCUCGAUUGCAACUGUUUACGACCCCUUGGAUUUGCUAGUCCACUUAUCCUACCAGCUAGAGAGAUCAAUCAAGAAUUGUGUAGAUUGAAGUUCGACUGGAACAGUGAACUUCCCAAGGAAUUACACGCUCGGUGGACGAAAUGGAAGGAAGGCUUGGCCAGCCUAGACAGAUACGAAGUACCAAGAUGCUUUAAACCGAAAGAAUUCGGACAGAUCGAGCAGGUAGAGCUUCAUCACUUCGCCGACGCUUCUCAAGAACAUGGCUACGGUACAGCAUCGUACUUGCGUCUUGUGAACGAGAAAGGAGAAAUCCACUGUUGUUUUGUUAUGGGAAAGUCUCGAGUCAAACCCCUCAACAAGGCAGUCACGGUUCCCAAAUUAGAACUGACAGCAGCUACUUUGGCCACGCGUAUGAACAAGAUUAUCGUUAAGGAGUUACGAGGCAGACUAAAGAUCGACCGAAUAAUGUUCUGGACUGAUUCGAUGAUCGUUCUGAAAUAUAUAGCCAACGAGACACGGCGGUUCGUUACGUUCGUCGCAAAUCGCGUUGCUGCCAUCCGUCAGGAAUCAACACCCGAACAGUGGCGCCACGUAAGAUCGGAGUUUAACCCAGCGGAUUAUGCGUCGAGAGGAAUUCAAGCUUUCGAGACAGAUAAACUAGAGCGAUGGAAACGCGGACCAGAGUUCCUCUGGAAACCAGCCGAUGAAUGGCCUUCCCAACCCACAGAUCUGACAGACGGUCUUGAUGAGAAUUCCGAAGGCGUGAAGAAGGAAAAGGUCGUAAUAAGCGGAACAGCUGUGCAAGGCGAAUUUUGGAGUUCAUUGUUUCAACGAUUUUCAACUUGGGAAAGACUUCGAAGAGUUGUCGCCUGGCUGAUCAGAGCGUGUCACAAACGAACGUUGCAUAAUUCUAACGAAAUGAGAAGCAAUGACAACAAGAAGGGCGUCCAAAAACAAGGUAGACCAUUGUUAUCAGUAUCCGAACUCGAAGAAGCUGAAAAGAGAAUAAUUGAGCACGUUCAGCGAGAAUCAUUCCCGGACGAUGCGGAGACGGCAAAGAAAGGUAGCCUUGCCCAACUUAAACCGUUCAGAGAAGAAAAACUGCUUCGAUUGGGAGGAAGAUUAGAACGAUCGAGCUUAAGCUAUGACGCCAAACAUCCUUUUAUAUUGCCGAAGGACCACCCGGUAUCAGAAUUGAUCGUAUUGCAUUAUCACCAUCUUAACGGACACGUAGGAAGUUAUCAGACAUUAGCAAAAACGAGAGAGCGGUUUUGGAUCACCAAUGGCGUUUCGUAUGUGAGACGUGUUCUCAAGAGUUGCCAAGUUUGUAAACGAGAAAACGCGAGAUUAGGAGAGCAAAUGAUGGCACCGCUGCCAAGCGUGAGAGUAUCGUCAGAUAACGAUGGAAUCGCGUACCCAUUCGCGGCAGUAGGCGUAGAUUACUUUGGACCUCUGUACGUCAAGCUUGGCCCUAAAACGAGAUCGAAGAAGAAUGAGACAUUAGGAAAGCGCUUUGGAUGUAUCUUCACAUGUUUACGAUACCGAGCAGUACACAUCGAAGAAGCAGAAGACUUAUCGACCGAUAGUUUCAUCAACGCCGUCCUACGCUUUGUUGGUCGAAGAGGUGCACCUCGCAUCAUCUACAGCGACAACGGCACCAAUUUCAAAGGAUCAGAAGCUGACGUGAUCGAAGCUUUGAAGUCAUGGGACGUGGAAAGGAUCCAAGGUUCGCUAUCACGCAGAAGUGUUGAAUGGGUGCUCAAUCCCCCGUUAGCUAGUCAUCAAGGAGGCGUUUGGGAACGCUUAAUACGUUCAACUAAGAAGAUUUUGCGCUCGUUGGUCGGACAACGCGAACUAAAUGACGAAAGUUUACGUACACUCAUGGUAGAAGUCGAGAAAAUAAUGAACGACCGACCAAUUACGCCAGUCUCAAGUGACCCACACGAUUUAGAAGCACUUACCCCUAAUCAUAUACUCCUUCUACGUCAGAACCCUUCAACGUCAGCCGGUGAGUUUAACGGAUUGGACAAGUUCAAGGCAAGAUGGAAACACGUUCAGAUGUUAGCAGAUACGUUCUGGGAAAGAUGGAAAAAUGAAUAUUUGCCCACUUUACAGGAAACUCAAAAAUGGUUGAAGAAGAUGCCCAAUUUCAGUGUUGGAGAUUUGGUACUGAUGGUUGACAAGGAUGUUCCUCGUGGUCAAUGGCCGAAAGGAUUGGUCGAGCAAGUGUUUCCCGACACUGAAGGAGUUGUACGUCGAGUGGUAAUCCGAACAGCAGAUGGCGUCUACCGAAGAGACGUGAGAAAGCUAUGCCUCCUAGAAGAGAAACUGAUGAAAUGCAUGGAAGAUCAGGAACAUAUUGAUGAGUGA